CUGGUUCUGGUUCUGGUUCCUGUGCGGCGUUCAGAUGGUGUGCGGUGUUUCGCACACUUUAACGUGACCUCAGGUGUGUGUGACGAGGAGCUGGGAGAGGUCGGCAAAGACAGCUGCUGUCAGAACCCGGCGUACGGUUACCUAGCAACAGACGGAGUGUGUCAGUUCUGUGGCCCUUCUGUCUGGAGCCCCUGGUCCUCCUGGUCUCCCUGUAAUGUCCUCUGUGGGGACGGAGUGAGACAGCGCCGCAUGAAGUGUUUCAGCAUCAACCAAUCAGAGUGCGAGAACGACCGACUGCAGACCGAGCCGUGCAGCGGAACCUGCUGCGACGCCGGGUGGAGGCCGUGGACGGACUGGUCUCACUGCUCCGUCACCUGUGGAGGACUCGGCCUCCGGAAGAGAGAGAGAGUCUGCUCCAGUAGUCCUGAGUGUCUCUCGUCCUGCAGUGGUCCUUCAGAAGAGACACAAGCCUGUGAGGUGACCAGCGCCUGUCCAGUUCAUGGUGGAUGGUCCCUUUGGUCCGGUUGGUCCAGCUGUUCUGCUUCCUGUAUUGAUGACCGGCGCCGCGGUGUCCCCGUCCCCACCAGACAGCGCCGGCGGUCCUGCUCCGACCCCGCCCCAUCCACCGACACGCCGGUCCCCGGUAACCGUUGCCCUGGAGACGACUCGGAGCUGCAGGACUGCAGCGAGCUCCCGAACUGUCCCGUGGACGGCCACUGGGGGGCGUGGUCUCCACCGGGCCCGUGUUCCGUCACCUGUGGGGCGGGGCUUCAGCUGUCCAACAGGAAGUGCGACAGUCCCACUCCGAAACAUGGCGGCCGGUACUGCGAGGGACAGAGCAGCCAGACCAGCGUGUGUGAGAGUCCCUGUCCAGUGGACGGGUUCUGGUCUGGAUGGACCGUCUGGACCGAGUGCUCGUCUCCCUGCGUUCCGGACGCCGGCGCCUCGGUGAGGAUCCGCCGCCGCUCCUGCACUAACCCCGCCCCCUCCGCCAACCCGCCGGGCGGAGGUUGCCACGGCGACGACAGUCAGCGGGAGGACUGCGUCCAGCUGCCCCCCUGCCCGGUGGACGGGGCCUGGGGGUCCUGGUCGGAGUUCUCUCCCUGUCCCGUCACCUGUGGGGCGGGGCUUCAGGCGUCCGUCCGGCGGUGCGAUAGCCCCGCCCCCAAACACGGCGGCCGCCCGUGUCCCGGGGAAGACCGCCGGACCCGCGUCUGUCUGACGGACGUCCACUGUCCAGUGGACGGGGUCUGGAGCGACUGGACCCCCUGGGGGGACUGCCACAACCCGUACCGCAAGAUCACCUGCAGGACGGAGUUCGGACGCCAGACCCGGGAGCGCUUCUGUCUCCACCGGGACCACGGCGGCGCCAUCUGCAGCGGGGACCUGCAGGACCGGCGCCACUGCUACGACGUCCAGGGCUGCCUGGUGCCGGGCCGCUGGGCCUCCUGGGGAUCUUGGGGUUUCUGCCAGAGGAAUUGUGGGUCGGCUCGGAGGGUCCGGCAGAGAGUCUGCGAGCCGGACUACAGCAAGUACAGGCAGCAGAACUUCGCCUUCUUUGGGAGACCGCUGAUCGACUGUGGAGAUCCUCCAGAGGACGGGAAGUUCCAGACCCAGCCCUGUCUCAACCUGCCGCCCUGUCCCUGA